GGAAGUCAACAGUGAGAGACGGUAUGUUAGGCAUAUGUAUAUGAAGGGACCAAAGGGCGAAGAAGUUCGCGGUCGACUUGUGUAUAACUACGGUGAGUUUCUAAUCUGCAACUUGGAUUCAAAACCAUACUUAUGCAUCUUGUAGUCGGUCCAGUAUAGAAUGCGAGCAUUGAUAUGAGAAUGGAUUCAGUAUCAAAAAAUGUAUACAUAAUAUUUGUGCGAACAAACAAUGCUCAUGAUCAUGAUGACCCCUGAGAUAACGAUUUCGUUUACCGAACUGAAAUGCAUCUGCUUCCCAGAGAAGAAGCCAAGUUGCUUCUUCAUCAGGCAGGAUUUCUAGCUCAAAAGCGUCUAGCACGAGGAUUACGCCUUAAUCAAACUGAAGCAACUGCGCUGAUAGCGUCACAACUGCAAGAGCGUAUUCGUGAUGGUGAACACUCAGUUGCGGAGCUGAUGCAGCACGGUAAAGAUCUCCUGGGUCGUCGCCAUGUACUUCCCAGUGUCCCUGGUUUGUUGCACGAAAUUCAAGUAGAGGGGACUUUUGUCGAUGGGGUCUUCCUUGUCACGGUCCACGAUCCUAUCUGUACAGAAUCCGGAAAUCUUGAUAACGCACUUUAUGGUUCCUUCUUGCCCGUUCCCGCUCAAAGCGUUUUUCCAAACUCAACCCCAGAUGACUAUGCCUCUGAAAAGGCUCCAGGUGCAGUCGUUGCCAGGAAAGAGAGAAUUGUUAUCAACAAGGGUAGAGAGCGUAUCAAACUGAGGGUCACGAACAACGGAGAUCGUCCUGUUCAAAUUGGUUCUCAUUACCACUUUAUCGAAACUAAUCGUCUACUCUCUUUCGAUCGCGCAAAAGCAUAUGGAAAACGCCUCGACAUACCGGCCGGCACCGCUGUGCGUUUCGAACCAGGCGACGUGAAGACAGUGACUCUUUGCUCUAUCGCUGGAGGGAAAAUCAUAUCUGGUGGAAAUGGACUCGCUUCAGGAGUCUUUAACCCUGAUAGGACGGAGGAGAUCAUAAAUUCUCUCAUGCAAAAAGGAUUUGGACAUGUCCCGGAACCUGGAGCGUUGGAGGUCACAGAUGACACAGAUAUCGGACGGGAAGCAUAUAUCUCGAUGUUUGGACCUACUACCGGCGAUCGAAUCAGGCUUGGGGAUACGGAACUUUGGAUUGAGGUUGAGCACGAUAAGACUGUUUAUGGAGACGAAGUCAAAUUUGGUGGAGGAAAAACAAUCCGGGAAGGUAUGGGUCAAGCCACCAACCGAUCCUCCGCCGAAUCUCUUGAUUUGGUCAUCACAAAUGCUCUCAUUGUUGACUGGUCCGGGAUCUACAAGGCCGACAUCGGCGUCAAAGACGGACUCAUUGUUGGUAUCGGAAAAGCCGGGAACCCCGACGUGAUGGCCAACGUCCAUCCAUCUUUAAUCAUCGGUUCCUCCACCGAAGUCAUCGCUGGGGAAAAACUCAUCAUUACUGCCGGAGCUAUUGACGCACAUGUGCACUACAUCUGUCCUCAACAAGUCGAAGAAGCACUUGCUGCUGGUACGACGACCAUGAUUGGUGGUGGAACAGGUCCUAGUGCAGGCACCAACGCUACGACCUGUACCAGCAGCCCAUUCUACAUGAGGCAUAUGUUGGCGGCUACCGAUGGGUUAGCAAUGAACUUCGCGUUCACAGGAAAGGGAAAUGACGCUGGUAGGAAGGCGCUGGAAGAUAUAGUGAAAGCAGGAGCGGCAGGGCUGAAAUUACAUGAGGAUUGGGGAUCGACCCCCGCUACGAUUAGAAAUUGUCUGGAUGUGGGGGAUGAUUAUGACGUUCAGGUCAAUAUCCAUACUGAUACCCUUAACGAAAGUGGUUUCGUUGAGAGUACUAUCGCUGCGUUUGGCAACCGAACAAUCCACACAUAUCAUAGUGAAGGAGCAGGUGGUGGACACGCUCCGGAUAUCAUUGUGGUAUGUGGACAGGAGAAUGUGUUACCGUCAUCUACCAAUCCGACUAGGCCCUAUACGAACAAUACCUUGGACGAACACCUUGAUAUGCUCAUGGUUUGCCACCACCUCGACAAGUCCAUCCCCGAAGAUCUCGCAUUCGCAGAAUCCCGUAUACGAGCUGAAACUGUCGCCGCCGAAGACGUCUUACACGAUACCGGUGCGAUAUCGAUGAUUAGCUCGGAUGCGCAAGCGAUGGGAAGAGUCGGAGAGGUGGUGUCGAGGACGUGGAGGACGGCGAGUAAGAUGAGAGAGUGUAGAGGUCCGCUAACUGAGUUGGGAGAUGAAGGCGCGAGGGAGGGUAAGGAUUGGUACCCCGGGAAGGAUAACGCUAGAGUGAAAAGAUAUGUGGCGAAGUAUACCGUUAAUCCAGCAAUUACACAUGGCAUUAAUCAUCUGGUUGGCCAUAUCGCGGUUGGAACGUUGGCAGACUUGGUCCUGUGGAAACCUGCGAGUUUUGGUGCGAAGCCGGAGAUGGUGAUUAAAUCUGGUGUCAUUGCUUGGUCCCAGAUGGGCGACGCCAACGCCUCUAUACCCUCCGUCCAGCCAUUCUUCUCUAAGCCCAUGUGGGGAGCAAAAGCCGGUUCCGCAGCUCUAAAUUCCGUUGCCUUCGUAUCCCAAGUCUCUAUUGACUCCGGCACGCUAGUAUCGUACGGACUCUCUAAAAGGUUUGAAGCAGUCAGAAAUUGCAGGAAUAUAGGAAAGAAAGAUAUGAAAUGGAAUAACGCGACUCCAAAGAUUACUGUUGAUCCAGAGACCUAUGAGGUUAGGGCUAACGGGGAGUUAGUGGAUGUUGAGCCUGCGAGGAAAUUGCCACUUGGGAGGGCGUACAAUUUGUUUUGA